AUGAAGCUCACAGCAGCGAAGCUGGUCUUGCUGGUAGCGCUUUGUGGCUACGUGGACAGUACCUUCGUUGGCCGCCGAAGAAAACCGAACCUCUUCAGUCGAGGGAUUGGCGAUGUACCUUUGGUGGUCAUUGGUAAUUACCAGGCCGGAAACGACAAUCAGAAUGGAGACGGAAACUCGCAGACCAGUGUCAGCAACACCAACGUCAACGGAAACGCCAACUCGAUCAGCUCGAAUUCCGAUGGUUCGACUCAGAGCCAAGCUCAGACUGGAAACCCGCAAUACUACCCGCUGCAACAAUCGCAGUCACAGUCGCAAGCUCAGUCGCAGUAUCCGACUGCUGGUCAGCCCGCUGAUUUGCAACAGCAACAGCAGCAGCAGCAGCAGCAGAAUGGCGCUCCUGCGGUCAUGCCGCCGAUCAACCCGCAAGAUUCACAGCAACAAGCCGAGCAGCAAGCGGCGCAAGCACAACAGCAGGCGCAACAAGUUGCCCAGUCGUACUACGCUGCUCAACAAGUGCAAUAUCAGUCUCAAGCCCAAGCUGCUCAGGCUCAAUCUCAAGCGCAGGCUCAAGGUCAGAGCGGUCCGGCUAAUAGCCAAGUCCAAUCGCAGUCGCAGUCGCAGUCACAGUCGCAACAGAGUCCUUCUGAUGCUCAGCAACAGUCGCAAGCUCAAUCGCAAGACACAUCAGCUCAGCCUGCUACUCCUCCCGGUGCUGAUGGCAGCCAGGUCCAGUCUCAAACUCAAUCGCAAGCACAGGGUGCCGCGGGAUCGGACCCUUCUGGCGCCAACCAGCAACAAAGUCAGUCUCAGUCACAGUCGCAGACACAAUCUCCGACUCGAGGACGGGGCGCCAACGUUUCUCAAUCGCAAUCUCAAUCGCAGAGCUCUUCGAACGGUCAGCAGCUGGCUGUUCAGCAAGCACAACAACAAGUCGAAGCGAACGGUUCGUCGAAUGUUUCGGCAAGCCAGGAUCAAAGCCAAACUCAGUAUACAACGCAAUCACCUACUCCAGGACAAGGCGCCGACGUGUCACAAUCGCAGUCCCAGUCGCAGAGCUCUUCGUACGACGAGCAGCAGGAUCAGCAGCAAGCUCAGCAGCAGUUACCACCACCACCUGAGCCGCAGCCCGCACCGCAACCGCAGCCACAGCCACAAGCAAUGCAACCCGUGCCGCAAGCUCAGAAGCAAGUCUUAGGGCCUCUCUUCCCUAUCCUCUGA